GAACAAUAAUUUACAUUAAUUUCACCUCUUAAACAGCUUUAUCUCUUUGCGGCGUUCUCUCUCUCUUCUCCAACUUUUGAUUUCCACCUUCAUUUCUUCAAAGUUCAGUCCCCGCCCACUACUCCCACUCAGAUUCCGACCAACAUUUUCUUUCACCUCAGAUCUGACGCCUAGAGUGACAGAUCGGAGUCUCGGAAAGCUCAGUCGAACCGCUCAUGGAGGAGGCCUUGGAGUUGGUACGUGCCAAGGACACUAAGGAGCGGAUGGCUGGCGUCGAGCGGCUCCACCAACUCCUGGAAACUUCCAGAAAGAGUCUCUCCUCCUCGGAUGUCACUUCGCUCGUCGACGUCUGUAUGGAUCUCUUGAAAGACAACAACUUUAGGGUUUCUCAGGGAGCACUACAAGCUCUCGACUCGGCCGCGAUCCUCUCCGGCGAUCACUUCAAGCUCCACUUCAAUGCACUUGUUCCUGCCGUCGUCGAGAGGUUGGGGGAUGCCAAACAGCCUGUUCGCGACGCCGCUAGAAGGCUGCUGCUUACUUUGAUGCAGGUUUCUUCACCCACACUCAUUGUUGAGAGAGCAGGAUCUUAUGCUUGGAUGCAUAAAAGCUUCAGAGUGCGGGAAGAGUUUGCUCGUACUGUUACAGCGGCAAUUGGUCUUUUUGCAUCCACAGAGCUGCCUCUUCAACGGGCUAUCCUUCCGCCUAUUUUGCAACUUCUAAAUGAUCCAAACCCUGGUGUGAGGGAAGCAGCUGCAUCAUGUAUCGAGGAAAUGUCUACUCAAGUUGGUCCUCACUUUGCUGAUGAACUCCAGCGUCAUAAUCUUCCUCCAAUGAUGUUAAAAGAUAUUAAUACAAGGCUUGAGAGAAUUGAACCUAAGAAUCGCCAGGUAGAUGGAUACACAAGUAAUUAUAUGGCUCCUGAUUUUAAACCUUUAAGCCACACCAAGAAAAGCAGUCCCAAAGCCAAGUAUUCAGCACGGGAAGUAUCCCUUUUUGGAGGAGAUGGUGAUGUUACAGAAAAACCAGUUGACCCAAUUAAAGUAUAUUCCGAAAAGGAGCUCACCAGGGAAUUCGAGAAGAUUGCAUCCACCUUUGUACCAGAGAAAGAUUGGUCUAUUCGUAUUGCAGCCAUGCAAAGAGUAGAAGGACUUGUACUUGGAGGUGCAGCUGAUUACCCUUGCUUUCGUGGACUUCUAAAGCAACUUGUUGGCCCUCUCAGCACACAAUUAUCUGACCGGAGAUCCAGCAUCGUGAAACAGGCGUGCCAUCUACUGAACUUUUUAUCAAAAGAGCUUCUGGGAGAUUUUGAGGCAUGUGCAGAGAUGUUCAUUCCGGUCCUUUUCAAGCUUGUUGUGAUAACUGUUCUUGUUAUUGCAGAAUCGGCUGAUAACUGUAUUAAAACGAUGCUGCGUAACUGCAAAGUUUCCCGUGUACUACCUAGGGUAGCGGAUUGUGCAAAGAAUGACCGCAAUGCAGUACUUCGUGCUAGAUGUUGUGAAUAUGCACUUUUGAUUCUAGAACAUUGGCCUGAUGCACCUGAGAUACAACGCUCUGCUGAUCUGUAUGAGGAACUUAUAAAAUGUUGUGUGGCUGAUGCAAUGAGUGAGGUACGAUCAACUGCAAGAACCCUGUACAGAAUGUUUGCGAAAACAUGGCCAGAACGUUCAAGGAGGUUGUUUUUAUCGUUUGAUGCUGUGAUUCAAAGGAUAAUAAAUGAAGAAGAUGGUGGUAUGCACAGGCGACAUGCCUCUCCAUCUCUUCGCGACAGAAGCUCACAUACACUUGCUCCUCAAGCAUCUGCUUCAUAUAUCCCUGGUUAUGGAACUUCUGCAAUUGUUGCUAUGGAUAAAAGUGCUACUUUGUCCUCGGGGACUUCCACUUCUUCUGGAGUACUUCUGUCACAGGCAAAACAUGCAUCAACUGGCUCAGAACGAAGUCUAGAAAGUGUACUGCAUGCAAGUAAACAGAAAGUUUCUGCUAUAGAAAGUCUGCUAAAAGGCCUGGAUACAUCUGAAAGAAGGUCAUCUAGUUUAGAUCUAGGAGUUGACCCACCAUCUUCACGUGAUCCACCUUUCCCAUUCGCUGUUCCGGCAUCAAACAAUCUUACUCAUGCCUUAUUGGUAGAUACUCCAUUGAGUACCUCUAAAGGUAAUACCCACAAUGGCGGAUUGGGUUUGUCUGACAUAAUAAAGCAGAUAAAAACAUCUAAAGAUUCUACUAAAUUAUCAUAUCUUGGUAACUUUGGAAAUGAACCCAUCUCUAUGCAUUCAUCUUACCCAACAAGACGAAUAUCUGAAAAACAAUAUGAAAGAGGCUUUGCUGAAGAGAGUAUUGAUGUUCGGGAGCCUAGGAGACACAUAAACCCACAUGCUGACCGACAAUAUUUAGAUGUGCAGUAUAGAGAAACUAAUUUUAGGGAUUCACACAGUAACUCUGUUCCUCACUUCCAAAGGCCUUUAUCGAGAAAAAGUUCAGCAGGACGGAUGUCUGCUAGCAGGAGGAGUUUUGAUGAUAGCCAAAUUCCCCUUGGUGAUAUGUCUGGUUAUGUGGAGGGGCCAUCUUCUCUUAGUGAUGCUCUAAGUGGUGGGCUUAGUUCAACUUCUGAUUGGAAUGCCAGAGUUUCUGCUUUCAACUAUGUUCGUUCUUUGUUACAACAAGGGCCUAGAGGUAUUCAAGAAAUCAUUCAGAGUUUCGAGAAGGUGAUGAAGUUGUUUUACCAGCACCUUGAUGAUCCCCAUCAUAAAGUUGCCCAGGCUGCACUCUCAACACUUGCAGAGCUUAUUCCUUCUUGCAAAAAACCAUUUGAAAGUUACAUAGAGAGGAUCUUGCCCCAUGUUUUUUCACGCUUAAUUGAUCCAAAGGAACUAGUCAGGCAGUCCUGCUCUACUACUUUGGAUAUAGUUGGAAAAACUUAUGUUAUAGAUACACUUUUACCAGCGUUGCUUCGUUCUCUGGAUGAACAGCGUUCUCCGAAGGCAAAAUUGGCAGUUAUCGAAUUUGCCAUUGGUUCUUUCAAUAAUCAUCAUUCGAGUUCGGAAGGCUCUUUUAACAUUGGCAUCCUCAAGUUAUGGUUUGCCAAGUUGACACCACUGGUCCAUGAUAAGAACGUAAAACUAAAGGAAGCCUCUAUAACUUGCAUUGUUUCUGUUUACACGCAUUUCGAUCCAACAGCUGUUCUGAAUUUUAUUCUUAGUUUAUCAGUUGAGGAACAAAAUUCCUUGCGAAGAGCGCUUAAGCAAUAUACUCCUCGCAUUGAAGUUGAUUUGAUGAAUUUUCUCCAGAACAAGAAAGAGAGGCAGCGUUCCAAGACUUCAUACGAUCCAUCUGAUAUUAUUGGAACAUCUUCAGAAGAGGGAUAUAUUGGAUCUUCCAAGAAGAGUAAUUUAUUUGGAAGGUAUUCUGGUGGUUCAAUUGAUAGUGAUGGGGGCAGAAGAUGGAACUCUCUUCAAGAUUCAGCCUAUACCACGGGCUCUACCGGUCUCCCUUUAUCUGAUGAUACUCAAGAUAAUUAUCUCAGUAUGGAGACUAGUUCCAACCCCACUAUUCCUACUAAAGCCAUGAUUUCCAAAUAUGGGACAAAUGUCACAAACGAAACUGGAACAUUUACUAAACAGCCAGAAACAGAUGAAAUUAGUUCUACCAUGGAAUCCACCUCCACUCGCUUAGACAUAAAUCGGAUAAUUGAUUCAGACAUUGGCACUGAUAGAGGGCCUUCACUUGAUUCAUCACUGUGUUAUCCAAUGGCAGCAACACUGCAGAUUAGUUCAGCUCCCGAAACUGGACCUAGCAUCCCUCAGAUUCUUCACAUGAUUUGCAGUGGCAAUGAUGGAAGUUCCAUUGAAAAGAAGUGUGCUGCACUGGAACAGCUGGUUGAUGUUUCCGUCGGCAAUGAUCAAUCAAUUUGGAAUAAGUUCUUUAACCAGAUUUUAACAGCUAUACUUGAGGUUUUAAGUGAUUCUGAAUCAUCCAUGCGUGAACAUGCUCUAUCGGUGAUUGUUGAAAUGUUGAAGAAUCAGAAAGCUGCUAUGGAGGAUUCUAUUGAGAUUGUAAUUGAAAAAUUAGUUCAUAUCACCAAGGAUGCAGUCCCCAAAGUAGCGAAUGAAGCAGAACAUUGCCUGACAAUAGUGUUGUCGCAAUAUGACCCAUUCAGAUGUUUAAGCGUUGUUGUUCCUGCUCUAGUUACUGAAGAUGAAAAGACUCUAGUAACAUGUAUAAACUGUCUUACAAAGCUUGUUGGCCGGCUCUCACAGGAUGAGCUAAUGUCUCAGUUGCCAUCUUUUUUGCCUGCCUUGUUUGAUGCGUUUGGAAAUCAAAGUGCUGAUGUUCGCAAGACUGUGGUUUUCUGUUUAGUUGACAUAUACAUCAUGCUGGGGAAAUUGUUUUUGCCAUACUUGGAAGGCCUGAAUAGUACACAACUGAGAUUGGUAACAAUCUAUGCAAACCGGAUAUCACAAGCAAGAACAGGCACCCCCAUAGAUGGCACCCAAAGUUAGAUUUGAUCGCUUUGGCGACGCCAUAAAUUGAUUGGUGGUGUGUGAGGAGUUAGAUUUCAUCUGAUUGGUUGUGUACAUUAGUGUGAAUGAGCAUUGAGGGUGUUAGCAAGUUGUAUUCUUCUUGGUAAUGUAAUUUUUGUCUUCCAUUUUUUUGUUUAAUUCAAAUAGCUAGAGGGGUGUAAUUGGAUAGUGUGUUUUCAGUCUGAGGAUGCACAAUUAUUGUUUCUUCUCUCCAGGCUCCAUUAUAAUGAAAAUCAACGUUUGUUUGUUCUUCUCUCGUCAUAAAUGCCAUCAAUCUUUCACUAUAAAC